UAGCUUGACAGUAACACCGACCAAAGCAAGAAGACGUAAAAAUUCCAAGUGUACAACUUUAAUUUACAUUGCAAAGAGUUACACUGAGAAACAAACCUUGUCUGAAAGUACAUUUCAUCUGCAGUAGGAAUUCAGAGUUAAGCACUACACAGAAAUACCAAAGCAGAAUUUUUUCUCCUGCUUCCACUGCAUCAAGGAAGAUCAAAUUCAAUUUGUGAUGUUACUACUAAAGAUCAUCUUGGUAUUCGGAUUUAUUAAGGGAGGAGCCCUGCAAUGCUCUCCUCCAUGCGUUGAAGAUGAAAUAUGUGAUAACAGUAUGCAGGCCUGUUUAUGCGAUCCAGCUCUAAUCGAAAGUCCAGCUUUACCUGCUCUUUUACUGAGACCUCAGCUUAUCUGCAUGCCACAAGGAUUUAUGUUAACCUUAUCCAGGUGUCUGGCAAUAAAGCUGUUAGGAAGAGGACUGGAGUCACCAAACAGCACUUGCAUGGUUAACUUUACUGAUACAGGACCAUUGAAUGGGAUCCAGGCCACGUUUUUAUACGCCCCUUGGAAUCCAAACUGUGAUGCUUUGUUUUCCGUAGAUGACAACUUUUCAAUGUAUACUACAAGCAUCCUAUUUCAAGCAACUGACAUAAAUGGCGUGUACGUAAGCAAAGAUGUGGUGGUGAAUUACACAUGUUCAUACCCCCUGAAUAUGCAAGUCAGUUUGGACAUGUCAGUGAAUCCAGUUACCAGCACUAACUACAUAACCAUAUCAGGCAGCGGCAAAUAUCCCAUAACAAUGGCACUGUACAAAUACUCCAACUAUACAGGUGUGUACACAACUGCAGAUCUGCCAAUCCAAAUAAAAGUUGAAGACAUUAUGUAUAUUGGAGGCAUGGUAGAAGGUGUGGACACAGCAAAAUUUGCACUGGAAGUGGAAACCUGUUACUUUACACCAACCAGUGACUUCAAUGACACCAAUCGUUACGACCUUAUCGUGGGAAGUUGUCCGGUUGGUAAUGGAGUUUCCAUAAUAGAAAAUGGAGUUUCUUCACAAACUCAGAUAAAGGCCAGAGUCGUUAAGUUUGCAUCAAGUGAUCAGCUGUUUGUGCACUGCAGUUUUAAACUCUGUAGCAUUGGCAGCUGUGCUCAGGUUUCUGCUACUGUACUGCACACCUUUAACCAGCGAAUUGAAUAACUUACAAAUAUACUUAUGAACACUGCUAAGUCACUUACCUUGCACCUACUACUGAAUUUAUCCCUGCCACCUAAUUUAGCAUCCAUGAACUCUGAUAUCUCACAAUCACUCUAAUUCUCAGAGCUCACCCUGUUGGAAACUGUAUCCAAUUACACAUUAUUACUGUCAAUGUAUUUUUUAUACUUGUACAAUAAAGCAAAAGGGUAGAAACCAAAUAUAUGGAAUGAAAGGCAUGGCAUUUGUAUCAGUGAAAUGACCAUUGUUAUGCAAAAAAAAAAGGCUACUCAGAAAAAAAAAGGGUUUCUUUACAGUUCAAAUGCAGUUCUCUUUAGAUUUAUCUUUUAUGCUUGGGAUUUUUUGUCUGAUGCUGUGAAGUCAUAAAAACAUUUUCUGAAUCAUAUUUAUGUAAGACAGAUGCCUAACUGCUAGAUAAUGUGGAAUAUAUUUCUAGGUACUUUAUUUUAUGAAGGCUUACAAAUACUUUGAACCACUUUUAGAGGGAUCAGACUAAACAUUGUACAUAUAAUACCAUAGUGUGGGACUGUAACAUGGUAUCUGGAGUUCUAGUAGAGCUAUUACCUAUUAGCUUUAGGAAUUAGAGACAUAACAUAAUGUGUAAUGCCCAUCAGAUAUUACAUAUUUCACCACUGGGGUUGUGCAGCAUAAUAUACACAUCAGGUACACACAAAACCAGUAUUUACAUGAUUAUUCUUGUGUUGCUCUGUCUUUCUGAUUUUGUUUGGUUACACCAUCAGUCAGUCAGAAAUUUCAGUAUUUAAUAUAUUUGUUGCUGUAAUAUUACAAAUGCAGCUGCACUCAUGAGUUUUAAAUAACUGGAUGUCUUUACAGUCUGAAACAAUUACAUCUUGUUGCUGGUAGAAGGUGUAUAGAAAUGUAUGAAAUCGGUGGAAACAUUGUCAAAUGACUGACUGUGAUCGAGUCCUACAGUUCUGUCCAUCAUUACCAUUUUUAAUAAAUUCAGAGGUUCAUAGGUAUAUACUAGGCUAAUGACCACCAGGGCCUUUCUAAGCCUAGCCAUGUAACUUAACCCAACUAAAUCACCUUGUAAUAUUUGGACCCUAAUUAGGGGGUAUGUUUCUUAGAAGUGGGUAUGUUAGUUAGGUCGCUAAACAGUUAUAUAAGGGAGUAUGUUAAUUAGGGAAUGUUUACUGUCAGCCUUUGUCUAUAAGAGACAUGGGGGCCAACUUGGGGAUGAAUUUAUGAUUACCCAUCCAAAGGUCAAGCUUACAUUUGAAUAGGGUUGGGGAUGGACUCUACUUCACAUGGAUGGGGAGCCUAUUCCAGAGCACAGUGAUGCUUUGCGUCACAUAUCUGUCUUGCCAGAAUGUUGUAUGUAUGUCAGAAGCAAAGUUCAAAUCCCUGGAUCUAGUGUUUCUGGUGCUGCUUGUUUUGUGGAUGUGCAAAAGCUCCAUCUGGGCUGGAUCUAAAGGUGCUUUAUGUGCCAAGUACAGAUCACCUCCCAACAGUGGUAGGAGAUCAAGCAUAGAAACAGGGCUCUAAGGCAAUCUGUAUAGGGCAGUGUGUUAAUACCCUGGAUUCUCUUGGUGAGGAACCUCUGUGGGUGACCUAACUGUUGCAUAUGCCUAGUCAUUUUCAUGCUGAAGGGGACAUUG